AUGAUUCAAUUUAAACCAGAUAUGUUCUAACUUAUAAAUCAAUGGGGAUUAGAAUAACAUUAAAAAAAGAAUCUGAAGUCUUCUCAAAAGAUUAAUUUAAAAACAACUAAAAUAAUUGAAGAACAACUUAAAUAGAGUAUGGAAAUUGAAAAACAAAAAUUGAUACCUCAUAAGGAGAGAAGUUCAGAAAAGGGUUAUGUAAAAUUAUUUAAGAAAUAAUGAAGGAACAAUAGAAUUUUUGAUAUAUACACAUGAUGAAUGUAUUGAAAGAUUGGUUACUUUGGAAGAAGAUAAAAAUAGAAUACCUAUAGUUUUAUGUGAUUAUCUUUUAUAAAAGAUUAAGUUUGGUAGAAAAUGA